AAUUUAAAAAAAAAAGUAUGUUUUACACGUGGCAUUAGAAUAAACAAACCCCAUUUGAAUUAGUGUAGUUAUUCACUUUUACAAAAAGAUUAUUACAUUUUAUAUUAUUGAGAAUUUAAUCAGAACUGGAAUAUAAAUCUAACUGUGCUGGUAUCCAGGACCUUCAUCAUCAUCAUCAUCGUCGUAUAUAAAUAACCAAUGGCUGAAUUUCGUAAAUGUUUUGAGAAUUUAGACACUGAGAAACGUGGUGUAAUUACAAUUGAAGAUUUAAAAAAUUAUAUGUAUAAAAUGCAUUAUAAAGAAACAUUCUUACAUAAAUGGAUUGAAUUAUUUGAUCCUGAACAUACAGGAUUUAUUACUUAUGAACAAUAUUGUAAAACACUUGGUUUAAUACCACGUAAACGUACACUUAGUAAAAAUUUAACAGAUUCUACAUUAUUAUUAUCAUCAUCAUCAUCAUUGUCUAUUUCAUCAAAACAAGAUAAUGUAGAUGAAGCAUUAAUUGGUAGUUUUGAUAAAAAUAUAAACGAGACUAAUAUUACUACAAUCAUUCAACAAUCUCAUUCAAAUGAACCAGAUCAAAAAAUUGAACAAACAAUUAUAACAGAACAACAUUCAACUAUUCAUAUACAAAUUGAUCAAACAAUUAAAAAUACAUGUACUUUAAAACAAUCAGACGUUGAAAUCAGUGAAACAGAACCACAACAACCUGAACCACAACAACAACCACAACAACAACAACAAAAUGAGUUUCCAAAUCAAUCAAAUCAUCCCAUUCCUGAAAAUAUCAAUAAUGAUAGUACCAAUAUAACACUUAUAAAUCAUCAAAAAAUCAAUACAGUAAAUGAUAAAAAAUUAAAUAAUAAACCUAAACGUAAAUAUAUCGAUGAAAAUAUGAUAACAGUUAAGGAAAAUAUUAUUUCAUCUGUUAAUAAUGAUAUACUACUUAAAACUACUGAUUUCAUUAUUUCUAAUGAAAAUGAGAAUAACUCCAUUGAAUCAAUAAAACAAAUUGAUAUUGAAAUAAAUGAAAUGAAAUCAUCAAUUGAACAAACACAAUUAUCAAUAAUAAAUCAAAUAAGAUCAAAUAAUUCCGAUAAUAAGAAAUCAAUAAAAAAAUUGAAAAAAAAACAAAAACAUUUAUUAUCAUUAGAGAAAAAUACAUCUGAGAUAAUUAUUGAUACUAAUCAAUUACCUAUAGAAAAUAUAUCAUCAGAUAAUGAACAUAAUGAAUUAAUAAGUAGUAUUAUUACAUCAGAUAUAAAUAAUUAUCAAGUAAAUAUUACUGAUAUAACAUAUACUACUACUACUACUACUACUACUACUACAACUACUACAAGUAGUAUUCCAAAUGAAAUCUCUUCAUUACAAUUCAAUAUAAAUGAUAAUCAAUCAUCUAUAAACAAUGUAAUUGAAGUAGAUCCACAAUACAAUGAGAACUAUAUUGAAAAAUCUAUGAAACAUUUAGAGGAAAAUCAAAAAAUAGAACAAGAAAUAGAACAAUCUGAAAAAAAUAUUGAACCUUUAAAUUUCUCAUUUAUAUCUGAACCAACUAUCAAUAUUUCAACAGAUAAUGAAUACAAUAAACCAAAUGAUAUAACAUUAUCCUCUAUAGAGAUAUCAAUCCAUAAACAAGAUCAAUUAUUAUAUGAUCCUGUUCGUUUACAUGUCAUUCCUAAUGAAAUGAUUGAAUCAAAUCAAUUCACUAAAUAUUGUUUAUUAAAUGAAACUAAUAGAGAAAAUGAUCCAGAAUUAUAUCAUGAAAUGAUACAUAACAAUGAAAUUUCUAAACAAACUCUAGAAAAAUCUAAUCAAGAAUCAAUUAAAAAGAAACAAACUAUAUAUAAUCCAUUAGAACAAAUGAUAGAUCAAAAAAUAUCAAUAAAUGAUCUUAUCCAUUCUCAAUCAAUAGAUUUAAUCAAUCAAUCUAUUAAUCAACAAUCAAUCAUUGAAAAUGUAUCAAUAUCAGAAUUAUUAUUUAUUCCACAGAAUAUUCAAUCUAUAUCAAAAACAACACCUCAAGGAAUUAAUGAACAAGCUGACAUUAAGGAUAAUAAUAAUAAUAAUAAUAACAAUGUCGAACUAUUAUCAUCACCAGAAUCAAUUAUUGAUGAGAAAAAGUUUAAGAAAGGAUCAAAAAAAUCUAGAAAAAAACAUGAAAAGAAAUAUUCCGAUAUUGAUAAUCCUAUAGAACAAGAUUCGUGUAUAAUUGUUAAUGAAGUAUUACCUGAGGAAGAGGAGAAGAAGGAGACGAAGACGAAGAAGAAGAAGAAGAAGAAUACAACAGAUUCAAAAAAUGAUCAUUUACAAGUGGUUAACAUGUUUGAUAUAGAGAUGACAUCAGAAUCUAGAAAUGAAGAAUAUAUUAAUCCAUCUAUAAUUGAAAAUCAAUCAGAUAAAAUCAAUAUGUCAUUUUCCGAUCCAACAUUCUAUGAAUUAAACAGUAAAAAUUCACAAUCAGAAUUUUGUAUAGAACAAACACCUAGUAAACAACAUACAAUUAUUCUAGAAACUAACAGUUCAUCUGAACAAGUUUUAAAUGAUAAUACACUUACUACUGAAAUAACUCAUAUAAGUAGUACAAUUCCAGUAGAUGAUCAUUAUAAAACUUCAGUAUGUAUUGAAAAAGUACAAUUCAAUAAUAUUAAUAAUGAUAGUGACACAUUAGUAGAACAAUCAUCUUUAAGAAAAGGAGAUAUCAGUGAAAUUAUUACAGAUUUGACAUUAGGUGAUUCAGAAUUAAACAUUGAACAUGAAGAUACUAAUAAAAAUUCAUUGAAACAAUCAAAAAAGAAACAAAAGAAAGCAAAACAACCAAUUGAAAAGAAUAUAAAAGUGACUGAAAGUUAUAAAAAUACUACUGAUACUUCUGAAUCUAAUUCCUUUCAAAUAUCAUCUAUUCCUCAGAGUAUAGCAACAACAAAUGAUAUAAGUCAAACUGUAGACACUCCUCUAUCCACUGAUAUCAUAAAAAUAAGUGAACAAACACAACAGCCAACAAUAUCAUUGAGUUCAAAUGAUUUGGUUAGUCAACUUUCGGAUGAAUUCAGUAAAAAAUCAUCAAAAAGAAAUAAAAAAACUAAGAAAGUUAAUAUGCAAUCUAAUGUUUCAGAUGAUCAUUACUCUUCAAAGUCUACGUCUAUCAUAUUACGUAAUUCUUUGAUACCGGUUGAUGAAGUAUAUAGUACUGUAUAUAGUAGUAGUAGUAGUAGUAACAGUAAAAACACUAAUAAUAAUAAUAAUUUCACAUCAAUAUCAAUUCCAUUUUGUAAAACAAUUUGUAAAGUUUCUCAUGAGGAACUACAAAAUUCUUUAAGUCAUAGAAAUACAUCUAACUUAAAAGUAAAAAAUAAAAAACUUCAUUUGAAAAAUAACAAAUUAAAGAAUAAUAAAACAACUAUUCUUAAUCAAUUGAAUGAUACAUUGAAUAAAAUUACAAUGGGACAAUCAUCACAAUUAGUUACUGAGGAAGAAACACAAGAAAACACUAGGAAACGACGUUUUCCUAAGUCUUUCAUAACUCAAGUUGAUCCAAAAUAUAUUCGUUCUGCUCGUUUAGCUGCUAAACGAAGAAGAACUGAUUCAACUAAUAAAGCAAAAGAAACAUCAUCAUCAUCAUCUACAGAUAAAAGAGAGACAUCAAUUAAACAGAAAUCUAAGAAAAUAUUGAAAAAAUGGCGUCUACGACCAAGUUUAAGAGAAAAUGGUGUAAUUGUUAUUUUAUUAGCUGGACGACAUCGUGGUAAACGUGUAGUUAGUUUAGGUAGACAAAAAUCAACAGGUCUUUUACUUGUCACUGGACCAUAUUGUUAUAAUGGUUGUCCAUUACGUCGUGUUCAUCCAGAUUAUGUAAUUGCUACUAAAACAAAGAUUGAUUUAAGUAGUUUAUCACUACCUGAAAGAAUUCAUACUAAAAAAUAUUUCACUAGAACUACUAAAUGUAAAAGUUUCAAAACAAAACAUAAUCAUAAACAUUUUGAAGAGAUUCUUGAACAUGGUAUUCAUACUAAGCGAUCUAUUUAUCAACCAAAUGAUGAAAAGAAAACUGAUCAAAUCUAUAUAGAUAAUGAAGUUAGAAAAGCUAUCAAAUCUCAUAGAGAUUCAAAGUUAUUAAUUGCCUAUUUAAAAUCAUUAUUCUCAAUUGGAAAACAUGAUAAACCACAUGAGAUGUUUUUCUAGUAAAAUGUAAACACAUUCAUUCAAACAUAUACAUAAACACACACAUAUAUAUAUGUAUACAUAAGCAAAUAAACUACAAAAAUUGACCUUCCUAAAGCAUACUAACUCCUCUUCACUAUACUACUAUUACUACUACUACUACUACUACUACUACUACUACUACUACUACUACUACUACUACUACUACUACUACUACUACUACUACUACUACUACUACUACUACUACUACUACUACUACUACUACUAAGAACUAAAGAUAUAACACUCAUUAUAAAUGAAGCAUUUCAACAUGCAACUUAAAUGCAAUCCACUUCUUUUAUUUGCCAUUCUUUUCUCUUCUCUGAGCAAAAUUCAAAACAGAUAAUAAAUAACGAUUCAGUGUUCAAUGUUUAAAAGAAAAUCAUAUUCUUAAGUUGUUUGUCUUGUUACUUUUUGACGUUAUUUCCUUGUUGUAAACUUGUGUCUUUGUUUUUUGUCUUCCUUUAUUUGUGUCUAUUUCAAAUGGACUCAGUUCACUUGGUUUUUUUCUCUAAACCAAAAUAAAUUUCAUUUCUGGAUUGAAAUUUAAUAUUUUUCAUGAAAUGGAAUUUUCUUGGCCUGUAAAAUUGAUACAACUUGAUAAUACUACUUAAUACGAAAUAAGUAACUUAAUUUUAAUGUUCAAAUUAUCGCAUAUCAGAAAGCUUCUUGGUCAAGUUGAGCAAUUAUUUGAUUGGAGUUUGCGUGCAUGGAUUCUAACGUAUUGACCUUUCGUUUUACCAGGAGAUAUACAAGGAGAAAGAAAUGAAUGAAGUGGAUGAUUAGUAUU